AUGGAUCCCGCCAGAUCUCAAUGGAUCCUAUUGGAUCCUGGGAUCCGCUUUUUCCCCCUUAGUAAAGCCGAACAAUUUGGUGGAAAUAUCGAUUUUGUCAUAAUUCAAAUAAUUAAUACUGUGAACAUUCGUAAUGAAAUCGUUGUCGAAGCAAAAUGUGAUGCACUUGGCAAAGGAUUCCUUCAGUUGUUACUGACAUUAAAAUCCAUUUGGGAUUUAAAUAAUGAUACAAAAUUCGUGUAUGAGUUCGUAACAACAGUAAUCAAUUGGCUAUUAGUAACAUAUGAUGGUCAAGUGUGGAAAUUAUCGAAACCAUCAAUUGUUUUACUUCCAAAUAUGGAAAAACAAGAAGAUCAAUGA